AUGGCCACAUGCUUGCUUGCCGGAAAUCACACAUCCCAUUCAUCUGCUAUUCCAACCUACGCAGACACAACAGAAACUUCUGACUCUGCAGCUGAUGUAGCAAAAGUUCCUUUACAUCCCGAAACCGCACAGAUCACAUCAGCUAUAGCUACGCCAGUCCUCGAAGGAAGCAGUACAUCUGAACAGCAAUUGAAACAAACAACUGAUUCUAGUGAAGAUAACACAGGAACACCUACCAACCCUCAAACCCCGUCUGCAAGUACUACUGAGGCAGCAGAACCAUCUGAAAUUGUUCGUCCGCAGGAAACAACAACGAAUGAGGUAAAAUCUGAGACUUUGUCGACCGAAUCGAGUAUAAAUAAAAAAGACGAACAAGGAGAUGCCUUACUUCACGCCACAAUUCCCCAUGAGGAGGAAGCAGUGACUUAUGCAACUGAAUCAAUUACAACUACGGAAUGGAUUACAUCCGAGCCAGCACAUUCGUCAACAAUACCAACCAACCAAGAGAGCAGCACGAGCACUAUUGUCGAUAAGGCUUUGAAAAAUACGGAAAUGCAGAAGGAGGCUGUAAAAAUGAUUUCUGAAUUACCUCAAGAAACUACAAAAGAAAUGGAAACAACAAAGGAUAGUGUUACGUCUACAACAGAAGCGGCAAAAUCUUUAACAGUUGCAAGCGUUUCAAACGAACAGAAACCACAGACGGACCAUAAAAAAGAAACUAACUACAAGACUAAUGAAAAUAACUCGGUUAAACCGACGUUACACAAAGUUUCCUUUGGUGGUAAGUCCUAA